AUGCUGCCCCGCGAGGGACAGGGAUUCCUUCACUUUGGGCUGUGUCUCUGGUGGUAUGUAUUCACACUUUGCUUCAGAGGAUGUGCAGGCUGUGCGUCCGAGGAGAGGCUCUUUCACAAACUGUUUGCUCAUUAUAACCAGUUCAUCAGGCCCGUGGAAAACGUUUCUGACCCAGUCACUGUGCAUUUUGAAGUGGCCAUCACACAGCUGGCCGACGUGGAUGAAGUAAACCAGAUCAUGGAAACCAAUCUGUGGCUACGUCACAUGUGGAAUGAUUAUAAAUUGCGCUGGGACCCAGUGGAAUACGAUGGCAUUGAGACUCUUCGCGUUCCUGCGGAGAAGAUCUGGAAGCCUGACAUUGUUCUCUACAACAAUGCUGUCGGCAACUUCCAAGUCAAAGGCAAGACAAAAGCUCUUCUUAAAUAUGAUGGCAUGAUAACCUGGACUCCACCAGCAAUUUUUAAGAGCUCCUGUCCUAUGGAUAUCACUUUUUUCCCUUUCGAUCAUCAAAAUUGUUCCCUGAAAUUUGGUUCCUGGACCUAUGACAAAGCUGAAAUUGAUCUUCUAAUCAUUGGCUCUAAAGUGGACAUGGAUGAAUUUUGGGAAAACAGUGAAUGGGAAAUUGUCGAUGCUUCUGGCUACAAGCAUGACAUAAAAUACAACUGCUGUGAAGAGAUAUACACAGACAUAACCUAUUCUUUUUACAUUAGAAGAUUGCCGAUGUUUUACACCAUUAAUCUGAUCAUCCCCUGUCUCUUUGUUUCAUUUCUAACUGUGUUGGUUUUCUACCUUCCUUCUGACUGUGGUGAAAAAGUGACGCUUUGCAUUUCAGUUCUGCUUUCCCUGACAGUGUUUUUGCUGGUGAUCACAGAAACCAUCCCAUCUACGUCUCUCGUGAUCCCCUUGGUGGGCAAGUACCUGCUGUUCACCAUGAUCUUCAUCACCUUGUCCAUCGUGGUGACGGUGUUUGUGUUGAACACCCACUAUCGCACCCCGACCACACAUACCAUGCCCACGUGGGUGAAGGCAGUCUUCCUCCGGCUCUUACCCCAGAUCCUGAUGAUGAGGAGGCCUCUGGACAAGAGGAAGGGGACAAGACAUGACAAAAACCCUGAAGGCUUCUCUGGUAGGCCAGCCAAAGUCAAGUUCGAUCGUCGCAGAGAGCCCAAACUUCUUAAAGAAUGCUGCCACUGCCGUAAGUCCAGUGAGAUGGCCACAAGCAAGAGAUGGUUAAGUCAUCAGUCUCUACAAUGGACGACUGAAAAUUUGGACCCCUCACCUGAAGUCGAAGAUGUAAUUGAUAGUGUUCAAUUCAUAGCAGAAAACAUGAAGAACCAAAAUGAAACAAAGGAGGUAGAGGACGACUGGAAAUACGUGGCCAUGGUAGUGGACAGGGUGUUCCUGUGGGUGUUUAUAAUCAUCUGCGUGUUUGGAACUGCAGGGCUGUUUCUCCAGCCACUCCUGGGGAACACAGGACAUUCGUAA